CCGUUGCAGAACCGAGUCACGCCGCAUGGCGCCAUCGUGCGCACUGCGGAGCGCUAUCCGGAUCCGACGGCCAUGUUCGGGAACCGAGGCGUCCUCCACGACGACCGUCGCAACCUCGUGCGCCAGCACCGCGGCAAGAUGUGGCUGUCGUGCCGAUUGCGCGUCGAUCGCACGCGAAAGGUGCAGCGCGACGACAACCGCGCCUUCAACGGGAGGAAGCGGACGCUCAUGGCGCCGCGGCGCUACACCGAGCUCUUCUUCCUGGACGAGCCGACGAGCAUGGCGGCGGGACAUCGGCCCUGCGCGUGCUGCCGGCGGGCCGAUUUCACGCGCUUCCUCGCGUGCUGGCGCGCGGCGCAUCCGAACGGCCAGUGGACCGCGGGAUCGAUCGACGCCGCGCUCCACGACGAGCGCCUCGCGCGCCGGCUGCCCGCCGCGGCGCCGGCGGCGCUGCCCGACGGCGCCUUCGUCCUACGGAGCGCGGACGACUCCGCGUGGCUCAAAUGGCGCGGGCGGCUCCACCGCUGGACGCACGGCGGCUACGUCGACGCGGCGCCCCUCGCCGCGGACGACGAGGUCCGCGUGCUCACGCCGAGCCUCCUCGUGGCGACGCUCGCCGCGGGCUUCGAGCCG